UGAGCGCGCACGGCUGUGGAAACUUCAUCGUCACUAACGGCGUCGCGCAUCCAAGGGACAACAAUCGCCCAAGAGGACUCGCUUAAAUCAGCCCGAAGAUGGGUCGCUUAACAAUACUAUUGCUCUGCCUAGUUCUUGUGGUGUCAGUUGUGGCCAAACGCGGGGGUGGAUCCAAAGGUGGAUUUGGCUGGGGUAAAACUAGUAGUAGCUCAAACAAAGGUGGAAGCAGCACAGGAAACAAAGGUGGCAGCAGCAGUAGCAGUAGUAGCAGCAGCAGCAGUAAAGGCACCUCAUCACAUGGGACACACUCGUCCCCUGGAAACUAUCCUCGCCAACCUCAAGUACCAAACCAGAAUCCACCUCCCUACCCUGGUGCUGGAGGUGGGUACCCUGGUCAAGGAAGAUAUCCACCAGCAGGCUCUAACCCAGGUCAAGGAUACCCUAACCAAGGCAACUACCCAGGACGCGCUGGAUACCCUAACCAAGGUGGGUACCCAGCACAAGGUGGAUACCCAGCCCAAGGCGGCUAUCCUGUGCAAGGUGGUUACCCAGCACAAGGUGGAUACCCAGCUCAAGGUGGAUAUCCAGCUCAAGGUGGAUAUCCACAAGGUAAUUACCCAGGACGAAGUGGUUACCCAGGACAAGGUGGUUACCCAGCACAAGGUAGCUAUCCAGGGGGAGGAUCAUAUCCUGGAGCUGGAGCAGGAUCGUACCCCAACAGGUACCCUGGUGGAAACCCCUACCCAGUUGGUGGCUCCUAUCCAGGUUAUCCAGUCCGAGGAGGCUCCAGUCCUAACCAGUUUGGUGGGGGUGUUGCAGGAGCAGGCGGAUAUCCUGGAGCGGCACAGUAUCCUAACUGGAACCCCAACAAUAAAAUCAUGAGCCCAGCCUAUGGUGGCAACUAUGGGGGUUAUGGAUAUGGUGGCAGAUCACCAUUCGCCCAGUCAGUGCAGGGCAUGGGUAUGGCCCCUUCUUACAAAUCAAAGGGAUUCGGCAAGCAAGCUAUUGUAGCUGCUGGGGCUGGGGCUGUGGCUGGUAUGGCUCUAGGAUAUGGCCUCGGAAGUUUCCCCCGCCCACGUUUCCACUUUCACAGCCCGCAGGAGGAAUACUACUAUAAUCACUACAUGUACAGACGCUACGGCCAGACUCCACCUGAUGGUAACAUGAACGGGAACACUAACUCUCAUGGCAGCAUUCCUGGUGAUGCAGGAUCGGCCUCUGCGGGACAAGGAAAUCUUAACCCUCAUGAAAUCUUCCAAAAUCCUCCUCCUGAGUCCUAUGACAAGUAUAUGGACAAGUGUAUCAAGAGGACAGAUUUGCUCAGAGAGAAAUCUGAAGGAAGAUCGAGGAGAUCUGUUGAACUCUUUGAGCCUCAGGCAGUAGAAGUAGGCAAUGAUCCGAGUGAAAAUCAAGAAAAUGGUACAAACAACAACAGCACUUCUGAAAGAACCAAUUCUGCAGCUAGUACAGAUGAUUCUGUAACCACAAACCCACCAGAAACACCCAGUCAACCUCAAAAGCAGACUCAAGAAAGAGCAGCAGAAGCCGAUGAUGGUGACGACGACACUGUUAGCAUUAUGGAGAUUGGCUAUCCUAUGCUAAUUGAGCAAAUGAAAGCUCGACGUUGUGUUGAGCUGUACAUGGUCCUUGCAGAAGAACAUGCAAAAAAACAGGCACAAGUUCAAGCUAAGAUGGGGGACGAACCCAGAAGUGGUAGUGGCAACCUUCCAGGACCCAUAAGCCACGGAGGCAUGUUACUUAUCACUAGCAUCCUGUCUCUUAUCUUCAGUUUCCUUCUACACUGACAUUCUCAAAUAGAUGACGCAUAAAACCAUUUCAUCAUGGCAAAGAGACAGAUGAGUGAACCAAUCACGCCUAUGUUACCUAACAAAUUUAUCUUGGAUUUUGGGCAAGGGUAUUUUUCAAAGACUACUUGAAGAUUCAACAAAAGUACUGACAUUUCUCACAAUCACUUUUGUUCAGUAACGUUACUAAAUUGCAACAUGAGCCACCUAACAAUUUCACAUCAGCCUGUACUUGGAAGCAAUAUAUUAUAAUAUUUUAUUCCCCAGCAAAGUUCACUUUCCAUCACUGCCACCUUUCUUGCAUGUAGUUUGGUGAACUUUACUUUGGCUUCCAAGACAGCAUGCUGCAUGAACAUUUCAUUAUCUCCAGGUUUUUUGCAUGGCAUUGGCAUUUGACUAAUCAUUUUCUGCUUGCAACAGUAAAUGAAUCAAAACAUUUUAAUGACAUAAAAAAGAAUUGUUGAAUUUUCCUAAUGGCUCUCCGACUUACUUAGUUUAGUACUUACUGAAACAUUUGUGUUGUAGUGUUUAUUUUCCAUUAUUUGGACUGUUAUCAGAAUUAGCUGAGCUAUUUAUUGUUGUAUUAAUGGUAUAAUUUUGACCAUUUUAAUGUUUGUUAAAUGUCCUCCACUGUUGGUUUUCCUAUUUUAUUUCCUAAUGGCACUUCAUAGAGAAUUCAUUUUUUUGUUUUACUCAGCUCUUUACUUUGAAGUAGACUUGAAAUAGACUGGCCAUUUAAUUCUCUGCAGUGAAAAUACUGCAUUUUUAGAACUAAUGGCCCGUUUCCACUGAGUGGUACGAUACGGUAACGAUACGGUACCUGUCGGUACGGGUCACCUUUAUCCAGCUUGCGUUUCCACUGCCAAAAGGGUACCAAUUUGGUGGGCAUGGUGUACGACAGAAAGUUGCAGUCGACGUCACUGUUGCUCGAGGAAAUGCCAAAGUAUAGCUGUACGGGUCAUUCACAUAUCAAAUGAGAGGCAUUUCUCACAAAACAGACGCUUUAUACACAUAAAUACUUGUGUAUAAAUGUUCAUUACUAACUUUACUAUGAACAGGAUUUGAUUAUAACUGCAGAUCAAUGAUAGUUCGAAAUAGCCUACUGUAACAUCUGCAAUUAUAUAAAGUAAAUAAAUGCAACACAUAUGAACACAUACAGACCCUUACUGUCUCCAAUAUGUUACCAAUUACAGAAAAACUACACACAGCAUGCAUUUAGUCCUUAUUUGGGUUUAAAAACAACACGCAACAUAUAGCCCACAGUCAGUGCAAACCUCUCAUCUGUAUCUUUAAUCUUCAGCAGCACAUGUAACCUCUGUUAGAGAGUAAUUCCGUCAUUCCGAGUUCAUAAUAGUCCAAAGGUGAUGAUAAUAGUUAAACAUGGCAGUUCGUUCAUGGUUUAGGUUGCUGAAAGAAUCAUUUGCUCAUUUUUCCGGCUUCUCCUUCGUUUUUUUCGCGGUUCACUCUUGCGUUUGUCCAUUUCUGAAAAGAUCGGAUGUCAGAAGCACUCCAAUAAUCAUGCGCACAUUAUUUUCAUCCGCUCAAGAAGUUCGUUGUUUCAAAUAUAGACAUGCGGCAAGCUCUCUCGAGAAAGUAUAACCACUCGCGCUUUAGACGGCCUUGUAAACAACGACAGGGUAGAUUCUGCUCUUUUUCUUGGCUUUGUGGCUGUUCAUUGGGACGACGAAAAGGUUUGCUUAAGCUCGGGUCGACUGUGGCUUGUUAUUAUAUAUUAUUAUGGUGUAAUAAUCUGUCUCGGCUGUGUAUUUAAAAAUGGCGCUUCCUUUGUUUUCAUUCUGCUGGCUUGUGUAUCUUGUGUACGAGUGGCGUAUCUCUGUAAACCAAUAGCGUUAAGCUGCGCGUCUUACUCCGCCUUUUUGUUGUGCCUUUCGAUAGGGUACCUAAAAGUGGUACGCUACAGUUUGCUUUGCUUUUGGUACCAUUUGACAGUGGAAACGGCCAUAAAAGCGUACCAAACCGUACCGUACCACUUAGUGGAAACGGGCCAUAAAACAAUCCACAUCUGGAUCUUGUGUUUCUUUCAUUCCACUAUUUUUGGUUUGUCUCCACAUUUUAAACGCUUUCUGUGUGAAUGACUCUCUAGUGAAUGUACACUGUAAGGUUUGAACUCGAUAUAUAUAUAUAUAAUAAUAUCCCAGUGUGUCAAUUCAUAUCAUAUGUAUGCAUGUGUGCUGAUAUAGAGAAACGCUCAUGCAGCUCACCCCCAUUUCUCACCGGAAUAAAACUAUUUUAUAUAAAGUUAGAUCUUUAUAACUAGCUUGGGUGCUGUGGUUUCCUUGAACAUUACUGCUGAACAUUCAAGUAGAUUAACAAACCAGCUUGGCACUUUGCUAAAUCAUUGACCUAGAGAGACUUUGGCAACCAAUGGAUGAUCAGCAGAAGGCAAUGUAUAACGCCUUAUUGUUCGCAUAUGUAAUAAUGUUAUGCCUUUGACAUGUUGUGAAUGUUCAUGUGUGUAUAAUGUUACCAUCACUGGGAUUAAAGUGAUUAAAUGCACCUUA